CAGCCGCAGCAGAAAGCACCUAACCCAACUGACAUUGGCACAACUGCAAACGGUGUCAUCUGCACAACUUUAUCUCGCUCCUCGGGCUCCCCCAAGGCAUCGGACCCAUCGCCUCGUCUUUUACCUUUUGCAAAGUUGCAUCGCUCUACCUAUUUUCGGCCCCACCACCUCCCUCUGCCUCUCCGGUGCCCUGCAGCCCCGCAUCCUCCUCCUGGAGCUGCGCCCUAGUGCCCCUGCUGGGCAGUGGCGUUCCCCCCCCAUCCUCCCGCGCCCAGCCCCUGCCGCUCGGGGCAGACGAUGCUGAAGAUGCUCUCCUUCAAGCUGCUGCUGCUGGCCGUGGCUCUGGGCUUCUUUGAAGGAGAUGCUAAGUUUGGGGAAAGAGGCGAAGGGAGCGGAGCGAGGAGGAGAAGGUGCCUGAAUGGGAACCCCCCGAAGCGCCUGAAAAGGAGAGACAGGCGGAUGAUGUCCCAGCUGGAGCUGCUGAGCGGGGGAGAGAUGCUGUGCGGUGGCUUCUACCCUCGGCUGUCUUGCUGCCUGCUGAGUGACAGCCCCGGGCUGGGACGCCUGGAGAACAAGAUAUUUUCCGUUACCAACAACACAGAAUGUGGGAAGUUACUGGAGGAAAUCAAAUGUGCACUUUGCUCUCCACAUUCUCAAAGCCUGUUCCACUCGCCUGAGAGAGAAGUCUUGGAAAGAGAUCUAGUCCUUCCCCUACUCUGCAAAGACUACUGCAAAGAAUUCUUUUAUACUUGCCGAAGCCAUAUUCCAGGUUUCCUUCAAACAACUGCUGAUGAGUUUUGCUUUUACUAUGCAAGAAAGGAUGGUGGGUUGUGCUUUCCAGAUUUUCCAAGAAAACAAGUGAGAGGACCAGCAUCCAAUUACUUGGACCAGAUGGAAGAAUAUGAGAAAGUGGAAGACAUCAGCAGAAAGCACAAACACAACUGCUUCUGUAUUCAGGAGGUUGUGAGCGGGCUGCGGCAGCCUGUCGGUGCCCUGCACAGUGGGGAUGGCUCACACCGGCUCUUCAUUCUGGAAAAAGAAGGCUACGUGAAGAUACUUACCCCGGAAGGCGAAAUUUUCAAGGAGCCUUAUUUGGACAUUCACAAACUUGUUCAAAGUGGAAUAAAGGGGGGAGAUGAAAGAGGACUGCUAAGCCUUGCAUUCCAUCCCAAUUACAAGAAAAAUGGAAAGCUGUAUGUGUCUUAUACCACCAACCAAGAACGGUGGGCUAUCGGGCCUCAUGACCACAUUCUUAGGGUCGUGGAAUACACAGUAUCCAGGAAAAACCCCCAUCAAGUUGACUUGAGAACAGCCAGAGUAUUUCUUGAAGUUGCAGAACUCCACAGAAAGCACCUGGGAGGGCAACUGCUCUUUGGCCCCGACGGCUUUCUGUACAUCAUUCUUGGGGAUGGGAUGAUCACACUGGAUGAUAUGGAAGAAAUGGAUGGUUUGAGCGAUUUCACGGGCUCGGUACUGCGGCUGGAUGUGGACACGGACAUGUGCAACGUGCCUUACUCCAUCCCAAGGAGCAACCCACACUUCAACAGUACCAACCAGCCCCCCGAAGUGUUUGUUCACGGGCUCCAUGAUCCAGGCAGAUGUGCUGUGGAUCGACAUCCCACUGAUACGAACAUCAAUUUAACAAUCCUUUGUUCAGAUUCCAAUGGAAAAAACAGAUCAUCAGCCAGAAUCCUACAGAUAAUAAAGGGGAAAGAUUAUGAAAGUGAGCCAUCACUUUUAGAAUUCAAACCAUUCAGUAACGGUCCUUUGGUUGGUGGAUUUGUCUACCGAGGCUGCCAGUCUGAAAGACUAUAUGGAAGCUAUGUGUUUGGAGAUCGCAAUGGGAACUUUUUAACUCUCCAGCAAAGUCCUGUGACCAAGCAAUGGCAAGAAAAACCACUGUGUCUCGGCACUAGCGGUUCCUGUAGAGGCUACUUUUCUGGCCACAUUUUGGGAUUUGGAGAAGAUGAAUUAGGUGAAGUUUACAUUUUAUCAAGCAGCAAAAGUAUGACCCAGAGUCACAAUGGAAAACUCUACAAAAUUAUAGAUCCCAAAAGACCUUUAGUGCCUGAGGAAUGCAGAGCCACCGUGCAGCCUGCCCAGACGCUGACCUCGGAGUGCGCCCGCCUCUGUCGGAAUGGCUACUGUACCCCCACUGGAAAGUGCUGCUGCAGCCCAGGCUGGGAGGGGGACUUCUGCAGAAUCGCAAAAUGUGAGCCAGCGUGUCGUCAUGGAGGUGUCUGUGUCAGACCGAACAAGUGCCUCUGUAAGAAAGGAUAUCUUGGUCCUCAGUGUGAACAAGUGGACAGAAACAUCCGCAGAGUGACCAGGGCAGACAUCACCUAGAUGAAACACCUUUACCCUGUCCUGUAAAAUACUAAAGUUACAUUUUUCACCAUCUUAAUUGGAAAGAAGGGGAGUGAGAAAGCAAACAGUCUUUAAUGUGCUGUGGAGCUAAUCUAGCAAUGUAUCCCUGUGCCAACAUGUAAUCCUUAACGACGGAGGAAAAAGCAAGAAAACAGCCAAUCUUUAUAAAAUUCCAGCAUUAAACAUUGGUAAAGUGCUUUCACCAUAGCAAGACUGUCAGAGUAUAUGUGAUUAGAAUGGUGCAGAUUUCCACUGAAUCGAACCUCUCUGGAGAAGAGCUCACUCGUUUUUAACACAUCUUGGCUAUGUAAGCUGUCACUUGUACAAAUUUUUACUACAAUGAUUCUUGCCAACUAUGCCUUCUAAUGUAUAUGUUCCUUCCAGACUCAAUGAAAAUCCUCUUUGGUUCAUGUCUCAAUAAAUGUUUUGUACAUGUUCUGUUCAGGUUUUGAAAGAAAUGCCACGUUCUAACUUAAAACUGCAAAUAGUUUAGUAGACAUGUUUCUGAAAGGUUUUCGAGGCCAGCUCUUCCUGUUUGGAGUUUAAUGAAACUAUAAGGCCUCUUUGCACUACUGAAAAAAACACAUCUCCUCAUGACAGGUACAAUACCGUUAUCAUUGUCCUUCUGUAAACAUCUGAUCCUCUAAAAUCUAAAUCAUAGAGCAGUGUAAAUCAUGCAGCACCAGCUGACUUUCCAAACCUGCUCCUUACCUUUAAGAAUAGAAGCCUCAAUUAAAAAAAAAAAAAAAAAAAUCUUGCAGCUCGUACUUCUCUAUUGUUUUAAAGGGAGAGAUUUGCAAUUAAAGCCCAGUGAGCAUUUAUAUAGAAACCACAAUGUAGAAAGAUUGGUUAAGUACACUGCUCUUGUCUUCCAUAUAUGAUUACUUAAGUUUCAAGUGACCUCAUGCCAAAUGGAAAUGGGUUGAGAAACCUUGGUUCAGUGCUUAGUGAACAAUAGCCUGCAUUAAAAAGUGCAUGCAUAAUUUUGCACAAUUUAGAUUCAAUUGACAGUCUAUUCAAAGAAGUCUCAGGAUUAAAUGAGCAUGGAGACCAAAUUGCCCUCUUACCCCAGAAAAGGGGUGGUCCCUUCUAGUCACACUAACACUUCAUUGGCCCAACAGUGUGACAAAUCUUGCAAUGAACCAUGAGUCCCCUGCAUCUGUAGGUUAAUAGCAAGCUUUUGUCUCCAUUGCUUUCUCUGCAUAGCCCUUUUACUGAAUUCCAUCACAGAAAGUUUUACAAUUAAAAAAAAAAAAUGUCCUGACAACCAUUUUUGUUAAUGGACCUUACCAUCUAAUAGUCCCUUAUUCAACGUGGGCGACAUUAACAAAUGUGAACUUCUUGUGAGGGAGCCAGCUGUCUAAAUCUGUCAAAUCGUGCAGUUUUUAUUACACAUUCUCCCAUUCCUAGUUUCACUGAAAACAAUAAGGAUGCUGCUACAUAUUUAGCAAGACCUGAAAUAUCAGAAAUUUCUGCUUCUAUGUUUAAUCUUUCCAACUCUUCCCCAAAAGAAAAAGAAAAAAAAAAAAGGCAUUCUAUUGCCUUUAGUUCUACUGUUUAAAAAUAUCUAAAUUGACCAGACCCAGAUUUUUUAAUCCAGCUUUUUUCCCAAGUGAAAGAAUCUCAAGUGACUUAGAAAAACAUAUGUGCCCCAGGUGUCAUUGCCUUUUCUAUUGUGAGUCGUUAGAAUAAAAGACCACGUUCUUCUCAAAAGAAGAUAGCAAGAGCCAUGGAUGUUAAACCCAAGCAAAGAAAAUAAAGUCAUUGGAGUCAUUUCUUUCUGUUCUUAGGAGAAAAGUAGAUAGCGCUGGUUAAUUGAUGGCUACAUAUUUUAAACUAAGUGGUUGACUGAAAAACUCUCUUUGACCUUUUCUUUCAAGUAGAUGUUUUAAAUGCGUGACUGUAGAAUUAUCUUCCAUGAUUCAUGAUGGGAGGCAGGUAGGAGUGGGUUAAGAAGUAUGAGCUAGGGGGAAAGUUACUGCUUCAUUACAUGAAAGCCAACAUCUACUCAGUUCAUAAAGCACACACACAGUCUAAAAUGGAAGAAAAAUGUCCUUGGUAAGAACACUGAUGGGGAAGAUAAAGAUGAAAUAAAAAGCUAGAAAAAUGUCUAUUAAUAUUCCCUUGCUCAUUCUCGAGCUGAAGCUUUGGGUGUGAGUUGGAUGUGAAGUGAAAUAGUUAAAAAUAACCUUUCUACCACUGUUUCUGCCACAUUCUUGUCAUGGUUCAAAGAAUCUUGUUUUCUUGAUAGUUGUUUAAGAUAAUAAGGAAAUAGAAUUGGCAGAUUAUUAAAGUGAAAAAGAGGAAAGAUUUCAGAAACUUGAGUGACGGCAAAAAAGUACUUCCAUCCAUGCUGCUUCUUCUUGGAAUUUUAUUUCAAUUAACUAUUGUAAAAUACACCUUUUAUUUUAUCACAAAGAAUACUGAGAAGUUUUCUCAGAUUAAUGAGCUAUCUCAUAAAGAGCCAAAAACCUACCCACACAACAGAUACAAACAGCUUAAAUAGAGAAUUGUUCACUUUGUCAUUUACUUGCCUCAAAACAGUUAUUUCUUCCCUAUUUAUUUAUUUGGAAUUAAUUACAUGACAAUGUACUAACAAUUUUUAAUCCACCUGCUUUUGACCUUGUUUUUAAUCUCUGAAUCAUAAAACAAGCCUACUAGGUGUAAAAUACAAGGUUAGAUGCUGUAUGUAGGGUAUUUCAAGGUACACAUUAAAGUUUUAUUAGUCUAACAUUCUGUUAAAUCUCUUAACUUUGAAUAUGAAAGAGAAACCCAAUCCAGAUUUUUAAGAGGAAAUAAGGUUUAACAUGGGCAGUUGGAGUUACCUGAUUAACAAAUUAGUCUGAGCAUCUCUGUAAAAUACCACCUAUGAUAUCUAUGACUUCUCCCCCCCUCCUUUUCUUUCUUUUUUAACCUCUCCCUUCUUCCUUCUCCUCUGUUUUCUAUGGGCUUUGACUAAAUAGACACGUCCUCAGUAUCACCAUCAUGAAAGUCCUGAGGUAGGUUGAUUUUUGCUAAUUAGGAUCUUUGCUUUGCUUUUCUGAAAAAUACGUUCUCUUGGUCUCACAUUUGCUCAAAUUCUAUAUAUAUCUCAUGAUGAAUAGGAGACAAAUAACCUACUGGACUGGUCUAUUAUAAUCUUGAAAGAGAUAACAAAGAGCAGAAAUGACUCCCAGUGCAGACGCUGCAGUUCAGCUCUUUCUGCAUAGACGCGGGAAAGACAUGGUGACUAACCCCAGUGAAGAGGUUCAGCUCACAGUAGGGAAAGUUUGUAGCGGUGGCCUAUCCAAGCAAUAAUCAUCUCUUGGAAGUCAGUUUUGAGGAAGGUUAUUCUGAAUCUAUGAGGAAAAAUAAAAAUUAAUCCCUUAAUAAAGAUUUAAGAAUCAUCUUUUCCUCUCUCCCAGGAAGAGAUUUGAACUUGCUGAGACUUCAGACCAAAGUCCCAUGGCCAGAAAAUGUACUUUUUUUUUCUUAUUACUUCCAGGGAGUUGGUGGGCCUAUUAUCGUGAAUGCUGGCAAAGCCAUCAGAAAGUUCCUUUCUAGAAUAAAUAUCUAAAAAGAGAUAUAUACAGUUAUUAUCUUAACAACUUUUUCUUUGUCACACCAACACAAAUUGGUAUACUUCUAGUCAUUAAUGUGAUGUCAAGAAAGGUAGGAAACCUAAGAACCGAAGCAUUUCGAUAUUAAAAACAUGACCGUGGAGCUUGGUAAAGUCUAGCCAACUUCAACCCUUAUUUCUCUUAACUGAAUGAUUUUUGGAAAUUACCUUAAAAUAACAUUUUAGGAGAGUAAGAUGUAUUCAUGGAAUUGGGAGGGAGUGUGGUAGAGCUGUUUUAUUCUCAGUCGUAGUGAAGAUUUUCUUAGCUGCUAUGGAGAGGUUUGUUCAUUUAGGAGAAUAGCACUUUUAAAUUCCUCAUUAAAUAUGAACCCCAGGUACACCCAUCAUUUACCCAUAUCAUUUGUAUAGGGCAUCUGUAAGUCAUCUCACAAAAUAAAAAAUAAAUAAUGGGUUCCUUUCAUCUACAUAAAGUCUGUGUUUAAAACCUAUUAUUAUUUUCUUGUCAGACCAUAUAAUAACCGAAAAAAAAAAAGAGAGAGAGAGAAAAGAAAAUGGUUAUCAACUCAACAUUUAUUCUAAGGUUCUCUCUUGUGAACACCAUAAAGACAGACAUUAUCUUUCAUUCAGGGUUUCUUGGGAGGGGUUUGCAUAUAUAAAUUAAUGUGAUACUUAAAUCCAAAGUACAUGUAUACAUAUAUAAGCAAGUUAAUAUAAAUAUAUAGUGAGUUUCUCAAUUGACUAUAAUCUUCUAAGUUAAAAUAUGUUAACAGAGAUGGAAAAUUCAUAAUGGCUAAAUAAGCUUUGUCUUCGCAGUUAGACACUAAUCCUUAUACAUUUUUUUUGCACUAAAAAGUAACUCGUUGAUACUUUCCAUUCACAUGAACGAGGUGUGAUCAGGUUUGGUAUGGUCUCUGCCCAAAGUGUAUGUUGCAUAUUUCUUUACCUCAUAUUCUUAAAAUCUGAAAUAUAACUUUUUUAGAAUAAAUUAAGAUUUUAUGUACAAUAGAU